AUGCUGCUUAUCUGUCCCGUAGAUUAUCACAUGCGUCUGAACCGACAUCUGCCGUAUUUUCUUCGAGGACGAGUUGUAGCGGGUUUUGGUAGAGGCGGAAAGCAGUUGGGAUGUCCUACCGCGAACAUUGAGGAAGCUGUUGUGGAGACCUUACCGUCUGAAUUUCCUUGUGGUGUGUUCUAUGGGCUAGCACGAGUCGAUGGCGAACAGGUCGACAAGAUGGUAAUGAGCAUAGGACGGAAUCCACACUAUCAUAAUGAGAAGAAAACGCUGGAAGUGCACUUAUUACGAAAAUUUGAGAAUGAUUUCUACGGAUCAAUGGUUGAUGUGCUGAUUCUGGGAUUUAUACGUCCAAUGGCUGCGUUUAACAACCUAGAUGAACUCCGUACAGCGAUCAGUUCAGACAUAGCCCUUGCCGAAAAGGAGCUGAAAAGAAUGGACACAAAAGAGUUGACACAACAAUUCUUCCAUUAA